GUUGAAUGCUUUAAAUCAUUCAAAAACUGCCAUUUCUGACAUGAGAAGAGAGCCUACUAUGGCAGAAAAUAUAUUGUCCUCUGCAACGCAAUGGAUUUACGCUCACUUAUCAUUUUGGGAUGUAUCUAUUGCGUUGUUGGGACUCUUUGUUUUCCAAUGCAUAAACGAUAGGCUCACUAACAAAGGCCCUAUGCUAUGGCCUGUAUUGGGGAUCAUACCGACCAUGUUCCUUCACGUCAACGACAUGAACAAUUUCGUCACGAGAGCUUUAAGCAAAGCAGGGGGGACCUUCCACCAUAGAGGAAUGUGGAUGGGAGGCGCAUAUGGAAUCGUGACCGCCGAUCCUUCCAAUAUCGAGUAUAUGCUUAAAACGAACUUCAAGAACUUCCCAAAAGGGAAGUACUUCAGAGAGAGGUUUCAGGAUUUGCUAGGGGAUGGUAUUUUCAAUGCUGACGAUGAAUUAUGGAGGGAACAAAGGCAAGCAGUGAAAGCAGAGAUGCAUUCAAGCCGGUUCAUUGAGCACUCGCUCCGAACCAUGAAAGAUCUGGUGCACCAGAAGCUGUUGAAGCUGACAGAUGAUCUGGUAAGGUCAGGAGAUAGUUUUGAUCUCCAAGAAGUGCUUCUCCGGUUUACAUUUGAUAACAUUUGUAGUGCAGCCUUUGGGGUUGAUCCUGGGUGCUUAGCCCUAGAUAUCCCUGACGUUCCCUUCGCAAAAGCUUUUGAAAAAGCAACAGAAUUGAUUUUGUUCAGAUUCCUGAUUCCGCCUUUCAUUUGGAAGACCAUGAAGUUCUUUGGAAUAGGAUACGAGAAGACGCUGAAGGAGGCAGUUGGAAUUGUGCAUGAAUUUGCUGAGAAGACAGUGAAGGGUAGAAGAGAUGAGAUCAGGAAGCAUGGUAGCUUAUGCCACCAAUCUGAUCUCUUGUCCAGGCUUAUUGAGAUUGAAUAUAAUGGACUAGGCAAGGAGCUGCAAUUCCCAGAUAAGUAUUUCAGAGAUUUGUGUGUUAAUUUUAUCCUAGCAGGGCGAGACACCACAUCUGUGGCAUUGGCAUGGUUUUUCUGGUUGGUACACAGCAAUCCACAAGUAGAAAACAGAAUAGUACGCGAGAUCAAUGACAUUUUGUCCCUUCGUGAGACACAGACAAAAAACGAGGUCAUUUUCACAAUGGAAGAAUUGAACAAGAUGGUGUAUCUUCAAGCAGCAUUAUCCGAAUCCCUGAGGUUGUAUCCAUCUGUGCCUGUUGAAGCGAAAGAAGUUGUACAAGAUGAUGUUCUCCCUGAUGGUUCCAUAGUGAAGAAGGGCGCUCGAGUUUUCUACUGCAUAUUCGCAAUGGGCAGGAUGGAUUCUAUAUGGGGAGAAAACUGCUUGGAGUUUAAGCCAGAGAGGUGGAUUAAGGAUGGAAAGUUUGGUAGUGAGAACCAGUUCAAAUAUGCAGUGUUCAACGCCGGUCCAAGGCUGUGCCUGGGGAAGAAGUUUGCAUACUUGCAGAUGAAAUUGGUGGCAGCUUCAAUCCUGAUGAGAUAUUCAGUUAAGGUAGUUGAAGGCCAUGAUGCUAUUCCAAAAAUGACCACCACACUCUACAUGAAGAAUGGACUGUUGGUGACUCUGAUGCCCAGAUCGGUGAACACUACUGCAUCAUAACGGUCCUAAAUUUACAAGAUGAAUGUUGUUCCAAAGCUUUACUCUGUUAUUUUGUAGUCAUAUCUGGAGCUUUAUUACUUAAGCUAUGAAACUUCAGCCUACAGAC